AUGCCAUUUAUCGAAGCUUUUGGUCACCGCUAUCAUAUCUCCGGCAAGAUAUUUCUACCUUUCGACAAGAACGAACUAGAGAGGAUGGAAAUCCAACACAAGCUAUACAGGCACUGCUUGGACGGAGCCUUGACUUCCACACGGCUACCACUGAACACAACUCAAAUACUAGACCUAGGUACCGGAACCGGCGUUUGGGCUAUAGAAAUGGCAGCCCGUUACCCCCAAGCCCAAAUAACCGGAGUAGACGUCUACCCUAUACAGAGAAGGGGUGGGAUACCGCCGAACGUCAAGUUCGAGAUCGACGACGUGGAAAAUCCGUGGAAAUACCCGGAUAACACGUUCGACUUCAUCCACGCACGGAGCCUGGCCGGUGGCGUGCGGGAUUGGCCGGCGUUAUUUCGCCAGGUAUAUAACAAGCUGAAACCAGGCGGGCUUUUCGAGAUGACGGAGAUCGCCCUGAAUAUUUUCGACUUUGAUGGCAAGUUCGCCGAGGCGGAAAUGUGCCCCGAGUUUCUACAGAUUUGCCGAGACUUAUACAAAAAGGUCGAUAUGGAUUUUAACCCGUCACCGCACGUCCCCGACUGGCUGGUCGAGAUCGAUUUUGAGAAGGUAGUCCAGCGGAGCGAGAUACUUCCGCUCGGGAGCUGGGCCCAAGACGAGAAGAUGAAGACACGGCAGAGUUUAGUGAACAAGAUAACAAACGAAGACUAUUGCACAUUGGACAACCACUGCGGCUUAUUGUUCCAGAAAGGCGGAUGGACAAAAGCCGAAUAUGACGCUCGAAUGCCCCCGUUUUGGCAAGAAAUCUACUCUGGACAAAUAAGACCGUACAUAAGAGCCGUAUUCACCACUGCGAGAAAGCCUCGUGAAGAAGGUCCAUCAUGA